UGAUGGAGGAGGAGGGGGACGGGGAGAAUGCGGCUUCCAGCGCCAGAAAUAAACGGUGUAGGAAUAAGAAACAGGCUGGGAAGGAUGUGGCUGUCCAAGGUACAAAUGACAGCAGUAUUGUUAGCAAGUGUUCCAUGGCCAGUUUAGGCUACUUCAAUGAUUGCUUUCUGAAGGGAUUUGUAAAUAAAACCACCAGAAGAGCUCCACUUAUCAAUCGUGGUUACUACGUGAGAGCAAAGGCAGUGGAUUAUAGUCUGCAUUGUUUCUUGCAACAUACAGCAAGUUACUCACAGAGACAGAUCCUUUCGCUUGGAGCUGGGUUUGAUUCCUUGUACUUUCGGCUAAAGGCAAGUGGGGAGCUGAAAAAUGUCAUUAUGUAUGAGGUGGAUUUUCCAGAUGUUGUUCAUCGCAAAGCAACUCUUAUUAAAAACAAGCAGGAAUUCAUGGAACUCAUCGGCUGCAUGAAUGAAAUUAAACCAGCCCGGAUGGAUAAUUUAUAUCUUUGUGGUUUGGAUUACAAAUUACUUGGCAUUGACCUGACUGAAAUAGCGGAGCUAGAUAACCUACUGAUGGAGACUGGCCUAAAUCCUGCCUAUCCGACCCUGUUGCUAUCAGAAGUUGUACUGACGUAUAUGAAAAAUGCAAGUUCUUCAGCUGUAAUCCAUUGGGCAGCGAACAGAUUUUCGUCUGCAGUGUUUGUUGUCUACGAACAGAUACGGCCAGAUGACCCCUUUGGUCAGGUUAUGCAGCAACAUUUUACACAGUUGAACUCCACUCUGCAUGCACUUACUCAGUUUCCUGGAAAGGAAGCUCAACGGAAACGUUUUUUAAAUGAGGGCUGGGAGGAAUGUCAUUGUAUUGACAUGAAUGAGUUUUAUACUGGAUUUAUUCCAGAACAGGAAAAACAAAGAAUUGAAAUGUUAGAACCCUUUGACGAGUAUGAGGAAUGGCAUUUGAAGUGUUCUCACUAUUUAAUUCUGAGUGCAUCAAAAGGAGACCUGAAAACCUGUCUGUUUUUCCAUUCUCUUCCAGAUUGCCACCCUAAUAAACUAGAUACUUAUGACCCACUGCGGAUCUCUGUGUCUCCAUGUGAGAUUGAAACAGAGAAUCCUCUUUUUAAGAGGUUUGCACAUUGUUCAUCACUUAUUGCCCCAAAUGUAGUCCUUAUCAGUGGAGGAUUUGGCAGCAGAGUUGGCCAACAUGGACGCCUCAGGGAUGCAAUGCUAAUGAUUAAAAGUGGACCAGUUUGGAAAUGUAGCUCUGUUAACAAUGAGGGAUCAAUCCAUCUUUUGACUGAACGAAUGUUUCACAGCAUGACGUCAUUUUGUGACAGUCGUUGUGUAAUCUUUGGUGGCCGCACGUCUCCACUGAAGCCAGUCACCAGUAUCCUUUUGUUGAAAUGUGAGGUUGGCGACAGUACCAUCUCCAGCAUCAACUUGUCAGUAAAAGAGGUAGAGUGCAUCGGCACUGCACCCACACCACGCUGGAGACACACAGGAACAGAAGUAAUUUACAAAGGUCAGAGAUAUCUGUUCAUCUAUGGUGGUCGUUCUCCCAAAGACUUGGUACUAAAUGAUUGGCAUUUCCUGAACCUGGAAGACUACAGCUGGGCAGAUAUUCCAGUUAUUGGACCUACUCCAGAAAGCCGCCAUUCCCACAGUGCCUGUUCAUGGAGAGGUGGUGUACUAAUUGCUGGAGGAUUAGGGGCAACACAGAUCCCUUUAGCAUCCGUCUUCUAUCUUAGACCAAUGCAGUCUGGAUUUUUCUGGGAUAGGAUACAAGUAACAGAUUCUCUCAUUUCACGAUACUCUCACACAGCCCAUAUUCUUGGUGAUAAACUUUUUUUAUUGGGAGGAGUGACAAUCUACACAGAUUCAAUCCCUGAAGUAACUGUUAUUGACCUAAAGACAGGAGAAAGUCUUGACUACCACAUUGACACAAACCUUGUGAAGUGGCCUCUAAUGUUGCAUAAUCACAGUAGUGUGCUGUUGAUGAAGGAACGCCAAGUGUUGAUUAUAGGAGGAGGGGGCAAUUGUUUCUCAUUUGGAACUCACCUGAAUCACCAACCAGUUCUAUUGCAGCUACCUGAGCUCUGAUGAACCUAUGCAUUUAGAGGCACAAAACAUAAUCAGAUUGCAAUCAGAGAAGCUUCAUUUGUGACAUAUGAUCUCUGUGAGAUUUUUGAUCAGCUGCCCUGUUGAAUUUGCUGAAAGCUUCAUGUAAGCUAUUACGAGCUUAAAUGCCAGUGAUAUUUACAAAUAACAUUGGUUGUUAUCAGCAAAAUGUAUAUUCUUCCAAUUUUAGCAUUUUUUUAUAUACUUUUUCCAUUUUAAAGGAUCAAUGUAAAUUUUAAAUAUAAAAGUUAGUUUUCGGUUAGCACAAAAAUAUUCGUUAAUUAUGGAUUAUGAUUGGCAAGUGAAUUUCUCCAUAAUUUCGGAAUUACUCCAGGAGAGCUAAUAGUGAUCUGAACACCUGCUCUGCCUCUGUAAGGAUGGUGACAGAACAGAUGAAUGCCUCAGUUUGCAGGUAAUUAAAAAGUAACUUUGCCUAGUAACCUUAGCAGGUAAAAAGGCAGGAGAAUCCAGGAUUUUGGCGAUUUGAAAAUUAUGCAAAAGAUAAUUUGUUUUGUAGUCAUUUCCCUAUUCUAAGAAAUGCUCUUUAACAAAAUUGAACCUUUAUGGUUUCAUCUAAGUGUAACAGAUGAAUGUUGGGUUCAAUUUCACCCAACAGGGACAUAUUGCAAAUUGCAAGCCAAGGUACUUAAUAGAUUGAACACCUUUUGAAUCUCAUUGCACAAUUAGACACGGUAAAUUAACUCUUCCUUUUAUACAUGAAAUAAAUCAGUAUUAUCUAAGAAAGCAUUGGUCAUGGAGACUAUACAGCUUGAUCAGGGUAACUGUUACUUUGCUAUUCAUCACAGUGUAAGGUUAAAAAUGAUCUCACUGUAUGAACUUUGUAUUUCUAACCUCUACCUCAAAGUCAGCUGGUAAUCCGGUUAGUUUGUCUACACAUACACUAACAUCAUAAAAUGUUGUGUUAAAAUAUUUUCAAAUAUUUCGUAAGCUGAAGUGAACGUUUUGCAUCCUUCCUUGAUGGUCUCCAGGGUUAGUCGCUGGCUCAGGUUACAGUGCUUCUCAAGCCAAAUAAAAUUGUUAUGUCUACUAUGUCUAUUUCUAGAAAGUGUAUCUUUUAAAAUCCAAAUAUUGUGAUAGGAAUGAUAUUAUUUUGUACUCUACAAUAAUGUAUGUAUUUAUCCAUGAUAAUUGAUUCCUAAUUUAUUUAAAAUG